GGGUGCGAGGCGGGGGUCGGAGAGCGGAGGGGCCCGGCGUCAAUGUCAAACGGUCGCAGGGAGCGGGAGCGGGAGCAUCGACAACGACGGGCGGUGGCGGCAUCAGGAAAUGCUGGAAAGUUUCAGCUCCAUGUGUUCCAAUAUAGCCGGAUGAAAUGUUGGUGCCAAUGCAGCUCAUGUAUCCAGCGCUUAGAAACAGAGAGGCACGCCGAGUGUGUGCCACAGUUUGCCACCAUUGCAGCCUCCAAAACUGUCUCUCUACUCAAACUGGCCGACAUACAUCAGGCAGAUCCCUGCUGAAGGCUUUUCCGAGUCCCUUCCUCGGAUCAUGCAACCCGGUGAUCCAUUUGAGGAAUUACAGGGCCACGGUUGCGCAGUUUUACAGCCUCACCCCUCCUCAGGUGAACAGCAUCUUGAAGGCGAAUGAGUACAGUUUCAAGGUACCUGAAUUUGAUGGGAAGAACGUCAGCCCUGUCCUGGGUUUCGACACGAACCAGUUACCAUCCAAUUCUCCAGUUGAAGACCGGAGAUGUGCGGCCACGUGCUUGCAGUCCCGAGGCAUGCUGUUGAGCGUGAUAGACGGACACGCAGGGUGUGCCUGUGCACAGGGGGUUAGUGAACGACUCUUUUACUAUAUCGCCGUUUCUCUGUUGCAUCAUAAGACCCUGUUGGAAAUAGAGAAUGCAGUGGACAAUGGCCGGGUUGUGUUGCCGCUUUUACAAUGGCACAAACACCCCAAUGAUUACUUCAGUAAGGAGGCUUCAAAAAUGUACUUUGAUAGUCUGAGAACCUACUGGCAGGGGUUAAUAGAUCUCCACACAGAGGAAACGCACGAUACAGUGGAAGCGCUGAUAAAUUCCUUCAAGAGACUUGAUAGCGAUAUGUCGUUGGAAGCUCAAGUUCCCAACGAUAACUCUUUUCUGAAUUACUGGCAGUUGCAAGUGGCAUUUUCGGGCGCGACGGCCUGCGUGGCGCACAUAGACGGAGUAGACUUGUACAUUGCCAAUACCGGCGACAGCAGGGCGGUGCUGGGUGUUCAGGAGGAGGAUGGAAGCUGGUCUGCACUCACGCUCUCCAACGACCAUAAUGCACAAAAUGAGAGCGAGGUUGAAAGGGUUAAAUCUGAACAUCCGAAAUCUGAAGCAAAAACCGUCGUCAAACAGGAACGCUUGCUGGGCUUGCUAAUGCCGUUUAGAGCAUUUGGAGAUGUUAAGUUCAAAUGGAGCAUUGAGCUGCAAAAGCGGGUACUUGAGUCUGGCCCAGAGCUAUUGCAUGAAAAUGAAUGCACAAAAUUUAUCCCACCUAAUUACCACACUCCCCCGUACCUAACAGCUCAACCUGAAGUCACUCACCAUAAAUUACGGCCUCAGGAUAAAUUCCUUGUAUUGGCCACAGAUGGACUGUGGGAAAUAUUGCACAGACAGGAGGUUGUAAGAAUAGUUGGGGAACAUCUAACUGGUGUCCACCUCCAGCAGCCUAUUACUGUGGCAGGCUACAAAGUGACCCUUGGUCAGAUGCACGAACUGUUAAUGGAGAGAAGAGCUCGUGUUUCAUCCGCAUUUGAGGAUCAAAAUUCUGCAACUCAUCUCAUACGGCAUGCCGUUGGUCACAAUGAGUUUGGGGCCAUCGAUCAUCAGAGGUUGUCAAAAAUGCUGAGUCUUCCUGAAGAUCUGGCACGAAUGUACAGAGAUGAUAUAACUGUUACGGUGGCGCAGUUUAAUUCUCACGUUAUCAAUACACAUUACAAGCAUAAUUCAGAAAGCUAAAGUUCAUGCUGUCAAGUGUUCAAAUGCAAAGGAUGAAUAGAGUGUGCUUAAGAUUUUACUUUGAGUUUAAGCAUCUGAGCAAUUUGGUAAUUAUUUAUAAACUUUUGGAGUCUAGAAGCCAGAACUAGGUAGUGGCUGUUCAUAUUUAUAGGUUAUUUCAAAAGCUAUGGACGAUUAUAAGUUGACUGCUUAUUAUUAAAUAUUCAGCUCUGUAUGAAAUGCAAAUUAGUUUGAGUGUAAUCAGGCACAAUUAAAUUUUAAUUAUGAUGAUGUUAAUGGCCUGAUUUCUGUAAGAGCACAAAAUGUGGAGCGUGGAAAUGGAACAGUUACCGUUUGCUUGCCUGUUUAUUUCAGUUUAGAUAUCUUUAUUCGUUGAUUUGAACUUAAAUAUAAUUGCAAGUUGGUUUGAGGUAGCCUCUGAAGGGUGCUCUGCCGUUUAAACUUAUCCGUAAUAAUUAUUCAUGCCAUCUUUAGACUUUUGUUUUGAAGCAUUCAGUUCAGCAUAUUAUGUCAAGGACAGCCACUGACCCUGCAGAAAAUUAUGAUAUCUACCAAACCUUUUUGUGGGAAGAUAUGUAUAAUUUGGAACUUUACAGUGGUAUAUUGAAAAUAAUGUCCUUUUUUUUUCAAACUAACGUCCCAAGAUUUAGCAUAAAUUUAAUAGGGGAAUAAGACGAGGAAGUCUCUAAAUAUUGUUUUAUGUUCAGUAAUUUGAAUCUUAUUAUGCCCAGAAAACAAAGUUAUUAAAUAUUUACCCAAGUUUUGUCACAGAUACUGCCCUCUGAUAUGUAUCUGGCAUAUUAGAUUCCAAGCUCUUUGUUUUAUAAUUUUGCAGGCAAAUGCAAGAAUGGAUAUAAGAUUGGAGUACAUUUUGUAUAAAAAUGUAUAUUCCAAAUCUCGGGAACUGGAUUGAGAUUUUGACAGUGAACAUUCUUGUUUGAAUGAUCAGGUGUGCUAUGUUACAAAUUUGUUACUGUCGAUUGCCAUCGACGCAGUAAGAUCAGUUAUAAACUAAAUCACAAUUGUGAAGCACGUUAAACUAUGUUAACUGUAAGUGCUCUGAAAAGUAGACUGAAAUAAGAGAAAAUAAUGCACAUUUGAAUUCUGCUUCAGCUGGUGUCUUAAAUUUGUUAGUUCUGACAAAUAUUUUCAUAUCAUUUAUAAGUACUCACCUAGGAAAUGUUUAAAAUCAGAGAUCCUGAAAGGAAUAGAUAUUGUUUGGUUUACAUUUGUCAUUUCCAGGUUAUCUAUGAUUGACUUUUACUAUCCAAGCUAUUAAAUAAGGCAAAUGUAAUUUUUUUUAAAGCCAUGGUUAAAUGGUUCUUGUUGCAGACUGCAUUGAAUUUGUACUAUAAAACCAGUAAAAAUGUGUAUAAUAAAGAUUUUGUUUUAAGAGGAAAUAAUUAACUAGACAAACUAUGCAACAAAGCUGCUGUCAUGUUAAAAUAAUUUUAAAUAGAUUAAUUUGUAUCUGGUACUGCAUGUCUACAUCUUGAUGUAGGAGUGGGCACUAGAUUAAAUAUGAUUGUCUUUCAGACAGAAAACACAUAAGGAAA